CGCCAUUGCUUCACAUGGUGUGUAGUUCAAGUUUUCCUCCCCACACAUGGAAAGUCAGUUAUGCGAACAUAAUAAAAAGACUCCAAGCCCCAGCGACGGUCGCUGCCCUUUCUCUGGCCGAGCAGGGGGAGUAGUCACAGCUGGAAGGAUAAUAAGAUGCGCAUGAAUUUACAAUCUGGAAUAAAAGAUAAGAGAAAAUGAAUGCAGGGAGCGCUUCGUCUCAGCGACGCUCAGCGUAAAAGUAAAGUUAGUGUAACUGCGGGCUGGAACGGGCCGCUCCGGGUGCGACUCCUGACAAAGCGCAGCAGAGUAAACUUCAGACUGAGUCCUCACUGGAUGGAGUUAAAAAGUUUCCUCAGCCCUCUCACAAUGGAGCGAAAAGCGCCGUGCGCCGAGAGCGGAGUGACAGGCUUCCUGUGGUCAGAGUGGAUUACUGACUUCAGUAAGGAGAAGGAACAAGACUCCAGGAUAUGAAGUUUGUUGCUGUGAUUUCACUGCAGAGGCCGGCCUGUUGUUCAGAGACUCUCUCCAUCACCUGUCCAUUUGGUGAAUGAGUUUGGCUCAAGUGGGUGGAUAGGCUCUUACCCUCUUAAUUUGAAAAGGACGAUGUCAGUCUGACAAACAGACUAUUACUGAUGAAGACCAAAUAUUCCCCCUCCCAGGAGUCCGUCCGCAGAAAUCCAGCUGUGCCUUUUCCUGCCAGCCCUCUCUGAAUCCUUCACUAUUCAGAAUUUUACGUUGCAACUGGAAGAAACCCAAUGUCUGCCUCCUCUCCCCCAUCCUUACCUCGAGCCUUCCUCCACUCCGUCCAUCCGCACCACCCGUCCUCGUCGUCCACCCCGUUGCUGCACCCGUCUGGACCGAUCUACACGCGGCUGUCCAACGGCAGUCACAGCGCCCCCAGCCCCACCAACUCCCGCAGCUCUUUCCACGGGGUGUCCUUCCUGCUGCAGAUCGGACUGACCAGAGAGACGGUGAACCUGGAGGCCAGUGACCUGUCGUUGUCUGCUGUCAAGGACCUGGUGUGCUCCAUAGUGGAUCAGAAGUUCCCAGAGUGUGGCUUCUUUGGCAUGUAUGACAAGAUCCUGCUGUUCCGCCAUGACUUAAAUGAUGAGAACAUCCUGCAGAGGCUGACCUCGGCUGAAGACAUCCACGAAGGAGACCUUAUUGAGGUGGUGCUUUCUGCUCAGGCCACCGUUGAAGACUUCCAGAUCCGACCCCAUGCCCUUUAUGUCCACUCCUACAAGGCCCCCACCUUCUGUGACUACUGUGGCGAGAUGCUGUGGGGGCUCGUCCGGCAGGGGCUUAAAUGCGAAGGAUGUGGGCUAAACUACCACAAGCGUUGUGCCUUCAAGAUCCCAAAUAACUGUAGCGGUGUGAGGAAGAGACGACUGUCCAACGUCUCGCUGCCUGGACCGUCCCUCUCUGUGCCCCGACCUUUACCUGCUGAAAAUGCAGUGGUUGUCCUGGACGAGCAGCAGAGGUCCCACCAGGAGGCAGGGAAGCGCAUCCCGUCCUGGAGCGGCAGGCCUAUUUGGAUGGAUAAGAUGGAAAAGAGCCGGGUCAAGGUGCCGCACACCUUCGCCAUUCACACCUACACUCGUCCCACGAUCUGCCAGUACUGCAAGCGCCUGCUCAAAGGUCUCUUCCGCCAGGGCAUGCAGUGUAAAGAUUGCAGAUUCAACUGCCAUAAGCGCUGUGCUUCGAAGGUACCGAGAGACUGUUUAGGGGAGGUGGACUUCAAUGGAGAGCCAGCCAGCCCCGGGCCAGACUCAGACACUACCAUGGACACUAUGGAGGUAGACAGCAGUGAUAUGGAUUGUGGCAGAGGAAUAGAUGAUCCAGAUGAAUCAUCCACUCCAGAUGAGAGGAUGUUUGAAAUGGAUUCACCACUGCUGGACAGAGAGAAGGAUGAAGAGCCCAUCAAGACUAUUAGCCCUUCCACCAGCAGCAACAUCCCCCUGAUGCGGGUGGUCCAGUCCAUCAAACACACCAAGAGGCGGAGCUCCACGGUGGUGAAGGAGGGCUGGAUGGUUCAUUAUACAAACAGGGACAACCUGCGGAAGAGGCAUUAUUGGAGGCUGGACAGCAAAAGUCUGAGCCUCUUCCAGAACGACACCGGAGCCAAGUUCUACAAAGAAAUCCCUCUGUCUGAGAUCCUCCAGGUGGAACAGUCCAGAGACUACAGCAGUCUGGCUCAGGGCAGCAACCCUCACUGCUUUGAGAUCAUCACAGCCACCAUGGUCUACUAUGUAGGGGAGAACAACGGCAGUCACUACCACAGCCCUGCUCUGGCCGCCUCUGGAGUCGGCAUGGAGGUGGCCCAAGGCUGGGAGAAGGCCAUCAGACAGGCCCUGAUGCCCGUUACUCCUCAGCCCAGUGUGGCCAGUGCUGCCGGCCAAGGCAAAGACCACAAAGAGCUGUCUAUUAGCAUAUCCGUGUCCAACUGCCAGGUCCAGGAGAAUGUGGAUAUUGCCUCCGUGUACCAAAUAUUCUCGGAUGAAGUGCUGGGAUCGGGCCAGUUUGGCAUCGUGUACGGAGGCAAACACAGAAAGAGCGGCAGAGAUGUGGCCAUCAAGGUUAUUGACAAGAUGAGAUUUCCUACCAAGCAGGAGAGCCAGCUACGGAAUGAGGUCGCCAUAUUACAGAAUCUGCAUCACCCGGGCAUCGUUAACUUGGAGUGCAUGUUUGAGACGCCUGAGCGGGUGUUUGUCGUCAUGGAGAAGCUGCACGGCGACAUGCUGGAGAUGAUCCUCUCAAGCGAGAAGAGCAAACUGCCAGAACGAAUCACCAAGUUCCUCGUCACGCAGAUCCUUGUGGCCUUGAGACAUCUGCACUUCAAAAACAUUGUUCACUGUGACCUGAAGCCUGAGAAUGUACUACUGGCCUCUGCAGAGCCUUUUCCUCAGGUGAAGCUGUGUGACUUUGGCUUCGCCCGCAUCAUCGGCGAGAAGUCCUUCCGGCGGUCGGUGGUAGGAACUCCGGCUUACCUCGCUCCAGAAGUGCUGCGCAGUAAAGGCUACAACCGCUCUUUAGACAUGUGGUCGGUGGGAGUGAUUGUGUACGUGAGCUUGAGCGGGACGUUCCCUUUUAACGAGGACGAGGACAUUAACGAUCAGAUCCAGAACGCAGCCUUCAUGUACCCCCCCACGCCCUGGAAGGACAUCUCUGCAGAGGCCACAGAUCUGAUUAACAAUCUCCUCCAAGUCAAAAUGAGGAAAAGGUACAGCGUGGACAAGUGUCUCAGUCAUCCCUGGUUACAGGACUAUCAGACGUGGCUGGACCUGAGGGAGUUUGAGACGCGGCGAGGCGAGCGCUACAUCACCCACGAGAGCGAUGACGCGCGCUGGGAGGAGUAUGCGGAUGAGCACUGUCUCGUUUACCCCAAACAUUUUAUUAUGGCUCCCAACCUGGAUGACAUGGAAGAGGACCCCUAGUGGCGUGGGAGACUUACUGCAUUACAUGUAUCUCACAGGGGAGUUUUUCAUGAAGCUUUGAGAGUGGCAGGUUUUCCCUCCAGAACUCCAGAAACAGAGAGAAGCCAAUCAGGUGGAGGGUCACUCUCCUGAGGCUGUAACGGGGGGGGGGGGACCCAGCAGACGUGUGAAGCGCUGCUACAAGCAGCCAGCAGGUAGAGAUGCGCGUCACAGGAGCGCAUUAAGAAACUGUCGCGGGAGACGAGCGCUCCCGUUUGCUUUUUGUAUCAUAUGAAAUCAUUCCAUGGAUUUGCUCGAAUCUGGUUCAUUUUCUAAGAACUGUCAGAAUAAUAUUAAAGAACACAGUUAUGGAGACCUUUGAGUAAUGAUGGCCGUGCUGUUGAUGGAACAGUUCAGUUAAAAGCUCACAGCAGGAUUAAAGGGCACUUUUCACAAGGGAUUUACAGCCUGUUUGUGAGACUGUCCUUCAGCACGAAACUGGAACCAUCACAAAGAUUUGUAUGUUUUUAUUAAUGUAUUUUAGUAAUUCUGGUAGGAUUUUGCACUAUGUUACUAAUUUACAAAGCAACUGAAUAGAAACACUAUUCGGUCCUACAUUUCCCAUCAGUUUAAGAAGGUGUCACCCAGUAUUAGCUCCGUGGUCACAGAGCCCAGCAGGUAUCCUAACCUGCACCUGUUCACAGUGUGAUCUGUACUGUUGAGUCUGAGCAGCACACACCUUUCACUUUAACUUUGUGAAGGCCGUGACCCUGAAGUGUGUUUGAAUGCAAUAAUGGAGCCACUUGGUUGAAACAAGGAAUGGACUCUUUUUUUUUUUCUGCAUCAUGUUUCUGUGCCCCCCCCCCUUUGUAUUUUCACUGCGUUCUUGAACGUGACUGUUGAGGAGCUCCAGCUCUGGGAUGUGUUUUUGAUGUUCUGCAGGGUUGCGGUCGAAUAGUCCAAAGAAAUCGUGUCCUGUGCAUUUUUCCUCUCAGCGUUUGGGAAACAUCAUGAGGUGAAGGAGAGAAUCCGGCUGCACUCACACUAACAUACUUAAUACUGUGAUGAUGGAUCAUGUUGACAUGGUUUCCAAAGAUCAACUUCACCCUUUGCUGUCUCACCUGGCUUUCUGCUCACUAUAUGAACAUGGAAAUCCUUCCAUCCAUACAGCCAUUUUCUGCUCCUUGUCUCAGUCGAGGGGGCAGCAGAGAAGCCCAGACCUCCCGCUCCCAAGCCAAGUCUUCUUGGGGGGGGGGGGGGGGCACCUUGGCUCUGGGGCCUCCUCCUAGUAUGACAUGCCCAAAACACCUCAUCUAGUAGGCAUCCAGGAGAUAUCCUCUUCAGAUGCUCAGACCACCUCAGCUAGCUCCUCUUGAUAUGGCAGAGUAGCAGCUCUGCUCUGAGCCCCUCCUGAAUGACUCCACCCUAUCUGAGGGAGAGUCGGACCACCCUUUGGAGGAAGCUCAUUUCAGAUCCUGUGAUCUCACUCUUUCAGUCAGCACCCAGAGCUCGUGGCCAUAGGUGAGUGCAGGAAACUAGAUCAGCAGGUAAACUGACAGCUUCACUUUUACGCUCUCAGCCUGGAACAGCAUCUUCAUCACUGCUGAUGCUGUUUCAGAGGAGCAUUUAUAUUUAUUAGUUAUCAAAUGAGAUAAGUAAUAUUAUUUGUCACAUCUGACAUAAAUAUUUAAUUAAGGCUAGAACAAAAAGGAGGACUACGUGUUUCUCUGUUACAGAUACAGCAGUGAAAAAAAGCCUGAUGCACUGAGGACAGUUACUCCUCCUCCUCUUCGAUUUUUUUCUUCAAGCUAAAAAGAUGAUGGAGUUUAAUUCACACCUUUAUUGGAGCUUCUAAAACUGAAUGAAGUCUGACUCACAUGCCCUCCAAUUAAUAAUGCAUUCUUUAUUUGUAACACGUUACAAAGUGCUCAACAUAAGGCUACAUAUACAACUACAUAUGCAAAUUUUACUACAGUAAAGCAAUGCUCAAUAGUUUAGGUUUAAAAUGUAUUAACUGUUCAGAACAUAUAAACAUAUUAGGAGGUUUUGGCCUAAGAUGGAAAACAUGGACAUUUCCAUGAUGAUCUGCAUCCCGUUUAGUGGUUAUUGAUCGAGCGGUGGAUGUAUGUCCUCAUGUUUCAUAAAUGAUGGUCAGUGGAUCCUAAAACAAAGGAAACACUGAAGCACCUUUCCUCAGCUCAUCGUGGCUGCAGUUCACUCAGUUAAAAAAAAAUCACUAUUGGACCACAACCCUGGAAGUGGGGGAUCCUGAGUUUCACACAGAGCAAAGCUCCGUGUUCGUUAUGCCGUCUGGAGCGUGUCAGAGACUGGUGUGUUUGGGAGCGUGUUCCUGUUUCCCUCUGUGUUGCCGCUGGAUUGGCAGGUGUCAGUGUUUUGUAUAUUUCAGUACAUACCAAUGAAAUAAAAA